AUGGUGAAUUCUCAAGCUCAUUUAUAAUACAAAAAUGAAGCUAAAUUAGUAUUAAAGGCAGCUUAGUUUAAGUCAAUAACAUUUGAUUAUGAUUCAGUUCAUUAAAAUGGUGUAACUUAAGCAAAAUAAAAUGAGAAAAUAGGAUUUAAAGCUUCUUCUUAUGCCAGAUCUUUAGUAAGCAAAUGA